UUGGGUUGCAAGCAAGCAUGACCAGCACAAGCGUCCAAAACGCGCUUAGUCUCUUUGACGAUGACAGCGACGAUGAAGAAGUGGAGGCGACGGCGGCGGAGAUCAAUGACGUGCACCUAGAGUUCACGACGUCCGUCACAUCAAGCACCUCAAUCGACCAUGAUGAGUCGUCGCAGUAUCAGCCGACGCUGUGGACUCACGUGCCACCAGACUACCUUGGUCCAAUGGAAUUCCGCGCGAACGAAGAUGAAUUUGGAGGCGGGCGUGGAUAUUAUGCUGCACGAGAUAUACCCGCGGGAACGUUGUUGAUCCGAGAGCGUGCAUAUGUACUAUGGCCAGAUGUGGACGACCGGUCGGCGCUACUUCUCGCGACCGUGGAACAGAUCCUGCAAUGCGACGACGCCGACGAGAUUGCCACGAACCUUGCGCCGCUUCACCCCGUAGUACUGGAAGACUUGCCGGCAACUCUUCUCGACGCCGCGCAUGAAGAGUACACGGCCUCGUUGACCGCGCUCCUUGCCAGGUACGGCCGGGACAGCGACGACAACGCCAUUGUCCGUCGAUGGCUCCAAGUCGUGCUGGGGAUGCAGUGCAAUGCGUUCACGAGCGGCGUUUUCCUGCACACAGCCAUGUUCAACCACGACUGCAACCCGAACUGCGUCAAGUUCACGCCUGAGUCGGCGCUCAGUGUGUCCGAAGUCCGAGCUGCCAAGGCCAUCAAGCAAGGUGACCAGCUGUUCAUUUCGUAUGUGUAUCCGCGCGAACAAAGCCGCGAGAGGCGGCAGGCCCAGCUCGUUCGGCAAUUUGGGUUUACCUGCCGCUGCCCCAUGUGCGGCCGCGGCGACUCGUUCUCGGCCCCGCCCCAGGCAGCAGAGACGCCGCAGGGUGCCGACAAAACGCUGGACGAAAUCGAGUCCGACUUGGGGGUACUGGAGGAUCUGUUCGCGGAGCAUGCGUCCAACAAUGCGUCCCAGGUCCUCCACGCGGCGCUGGAAGCGCUCUCGGACCUGUUAGAGGUCGUCGCCCAUGAUCACGUGGUGAUGAUACGCGUGCACAAACUGGUCGCGGACAGCUGCGACAGCCUCAUCAAGCGACAGAAGAACGUUCAAGAGCAUGCGAUACUGUUCGUCCGCAGUUGCGUCGAGCUGCUCGAGCUGCAGCGGCUGUUCUUGGACCACGAUCACAUUGACCUUGCUCGGACCCUCAACGACAUCAGCCAAGGCAUUCGACUGCUGCUCAGCUACAGCCCACAAGUGCUUCUGGAUGAAUUCCCAGAGUGGGCGACGUUCCGACAAGCGUCCAUCGUCGAGUCCCAGUACACGAAAGAGUACAAACGCAUCAAGGCGCUGUAUGAAUAAAUAAUACUCGGAGCCGAGUACAAGGCUUCAUCACGUAAAUAGGUUGUGAAUGUACCAUUCAUUGCUUGUGUGCACUUUGC